AUAGCUAUAAAUAGUACUCAGGUUUUGAGAAGCAGUCGUCAGUUCAUUCAACAACGCUAAACCCCUUCCUCGUCCCCCAUCCUCAUCCUUACUCCCCAAUCCUUUCCCCAACCUCCUCUCCAACAUGUUCAAGAGCAUCGUCAUCGUCUUGAGUGCUUGCAUCGCUGGUUACUUGGCCUUGCCACAGGAAUCCCAAUCCUUCCAAUUCCCGGACCAAGCUGAGACCCUUCUCUACACUCCCUUGUCCCUUUUCUUCUCUUGUGAAGGCCGCGACUACGGUUACUACGCCGAUACUGAUAACAACUGCCAAGUGUUCCACAUCUGCUUGCCCAUCGAGGAUGACUUUGGCACCAUCAUUGAGACUGCCCAAUGGUCGUUCAUCUGCGGCAAUGGAACCAUCUUUGACCAACAGACCCUGACUUGCAACCAUGAACAAGAUGCCCUUCCUUGCAGCGAGGCCAGUUCCUUAUACAACCUCGUUGAGUUCGGCAAGAUCCCGGAUUACUUAACGGAGGCUGUGAUCUUGUGUUAAGUUAAAUGAUGAACAUGAACAGAAGGAAUGAAAACCACUAUAUUUUGUUCCUUGAGCAUCAUUCCAAUGGAAGACUGAGGUCGGGUCGCUGGUGAAGAUGUCACUUGUUUAAACCAAAUUGUUAUACUUUUUUUUAAAUAAAAAAUGUUCA